GCUGGGGAGGCGGCGAAGCGCGAGAGGAGGAGCGACUUUAAUCGCUGGGAGAUUCCAGGUAUUAUAAGAUCCUUGGGGCGAUCGGCGAUGGCUGGCGCCGCGAGAUCCCCAGCGAAAGAAUGCGGCAUGACGAAGAAGAAGAAAUCGCUGGAGAAUUGCGAUCCCAAUGCCGCGGCAAUCGCUGCUAGACCUCGGAUCUCUCCUAUCCCAGCCGUUCUUCACGAGAGCAAUAGGCUGGAAUCAUGCUGCCAGGCUCGAGCGCCGGAAUUUCAAGAGUCCCUGGUCCAGAAGGAUGUGUGUUCUUCGACUCCCCCGGCCGAGGAUUCCAGCGGUGGGAUUCCUGGCGAUGCAGAGGUUUCAGGCUCGUCGAUCGACAAGGAUUCUCACCAGGAGGGAGAAACUGAGGCUGAGUUUCGCGCUCUUGGGAGGAGGAUCUGUGGCUCCAAGGUCCAUAGCUUAGUCCAGGCAUUUGAGAGUAUGAUCUCGCUCGCGGAAGUAAACACUCACAUCCGAAAGAUGGAGGAGCGUCGCGAGUGGCAGCCCAGCCGGCGAUCGUUGUCGCAGACCGAGGAAGAGUUCGAGUUUGGUUCCUGCGAAGCAACUCAAGAGAAAUCGGCAGAGGAGGACAAUGCUGACAGCGAAGGUGGCUCUUUGGACAGGGACGAGAAAGAUGACAUCCAGUCUGAGAAAAAUGCCAGUGACUGUGGAUCAUCCGAGUCGUACCAAAAGUCGUCCAAGGCAACGUGCAUACAACCUUUUAGCCUGCGAACACAGGCUCGAGGCGCGAGAAAGGAGUACGAGUUCCGGAAGAAACUGCAAAAGAUAUUUGAAGAAGAUAGCAAGCUCAGGAUUCCUAUAGCACAAGGCCUGCCAUGGACAACUGACGAACCAGAGGUUGUUCCCAAGCCUCCUCCGAAAGAGAACACUGUUCCGAUGGAUAUCAGGCUCUGUACUGAAUUCAGAUCCGUCCGGCGAGCUCAAUUCGACGACUACAUUGCCGCAAAGAUAAUUUACAUCGAGCAUCAGCGAGAGGAGCAACAGCGACUGCAAGAGCUUGCGGAACAAGAAGAAAUCAAGCAGCUGCGGAAAGAGAUGGUCCCUCGUGCUCAACUCAUGCCUUACUUCGAUCGGCCUUUCAUUCCACAAAGAUCUUCCAAACGCUUGACAGUUCCCAAGGAGCCAAACUUCCACUGCUCUCACGAUCACAAGCGAGCCAAGUGCUGCAUUGUGUCGCAGUAGAUUCCGUCAAGAGAGAAUAAAUGCGAAGAAUAAAAAGCAAAGUAAACGUUGCGAGUGGCCACUGGAAAUCGCACCCAGGAUUCCACACGGCGCAACUUCUCUUUGGUUUUUAGCUGUGAGAAAAAAGCUUCCGAGAGAUCUAUGAACGUAAGCUUUGUUACGUACCUAUAUAAUGUAUGUAUGGAGGAGGAAAAGAAUGUACACACAACGGCAUAGUUUAUAUC